AUUAACGAAAAUCAUCACGAGACUUAUAGCUCAGUGACGGACUUAGAGACGCGACAUGACGGGACUCUGCCUUGUGAUGUCAGGAGUCGUUGCUGCAGCUGCGUUUGGCGUUGAAGAGCACCUCCAGCCUCUAGACCUGCCACCUGGCACGCGAGAACAUUUCCAGAACCCUGGUGGGGCGGUGGCCGGACAGCCUGCCAACACCCAGCUCCUCAACGUGGGUCCCCCGCUGCCAAGCUUGAAUGAUCUCGGCGGAGAUUUCAAUAGUUUUGGCUCUGAUUUCAAUUUCGGCAAACCUGGAUUAGGGUCUGACUUGGAUUUUGGGAAACCCCAUGGUGGAUUCGAGUCCGGUAUUGAUUUUGACUCAACUGGACUGAAAGGGGGAUUUGGAUCCGAUUUUGAUUUCGGGAAGAUUCAAGGAGGCUUUGAAUCAAGCUUGGACUUUGGAAAACCUCACGGGGUCCAAAUAGAUGUUGGAAAACCAGCCGAUGUGCAUCUCGACUUUGGAGGUGGUAUAGAUUUCGGCAAAACAGGUGAUGGGUUCAAGCACGAUGCCGGCGUUGUACCUCACCAGGAGAUCCUGCACGGUGGAUUCGACGUCCAAUACGGAGCACCUCACUCCAAAGGGCACAAACUCUCAACUGGGUACUCGGACUUUGCUCUUGGAGAUUUCGGCCCAGUAAAACACGACUCAGUCAUCGGCUACGAUGUUCCAUCUAAACCUAAACUACAUAACUUCGGUUCUGUCCACAGUAGCCAUGGAUCAGCCCACUCUAGUGUAUCCAUAGGCAGCUCGGGAGGUUUUAAGCCGAUAUCACAUGGAUCCAUUCCCUAUGGAUCUAAUUUUAAUUCAUACGGGCCUCCUGCCGUAUCGUACGGUGCUCCACUAAAGGUGCACGGACCACCACCCAAACCCUACAGACCUGCACAUCAGAGCUAUGGUCCUCCGCCCGCCAGUUACGGACCACCACCGACCCCUUAUCUGACCUCGGCAGUCGUCAUACCCCUUCGACCUAGUCACAGGCCUAGUGGAAAAGGAAAAGGAGGUGGCGGGUAUUGGAAAAAAUUCACUGGUAUGUUCGGCAAAUGAGAUCGCAGAAAAUUCCGCAAAAUUUAGAAUACUUUUUUAUAAGUUACGUUUGUUUGUGAUUUAAAAUAUGUACUUAUCCUCAAAGAAUAAGGUCUAUGAUCUAAAGGAUCGAAGUUAUCGGUUAAGUUAUUGGCUUGGGUAUCAAAGUGCUGAAUGAUUUAAGCAAAAAAUUGUGAGGUUGGAAAUUCAUUUAUUGUGGACGCGAAAGGCUACUCUGAAACUUGGCAAUUCGUUAUUUUCAGACAAACGUUUUCACUUGUCCACUUAUCGAACACCAUUAAUAAUCAUAUUUUAUAUCGUCUAAAGGUUAAAUGAUUUAACAAUUAAAGGCUAAAGUGAAAAAUUGAUUUAGAAACCAAAUUUAUAACCCUUUUCAGAAUACUGAAGACUGCAACGAGUUUGACAUCUGUCACCGCACCCCAAUAGUCCUGUACUUGCUCAUGCUUUCAUGCUCCACUCUGUGUUUUAUUACGUGCAAUUCCAUCUGUUCCACUUAAACUAAAAAAUAAAACAACAAGAAUAUUUCUAAUGACAAUCUUCUGAACGUGCCUUUUCUAAAGUGGUGCACGUUAUAGGGAAUGAGCGAAUUGAUUGAACAAGCGAACGCGUGACUCCUUUAACGGAGCAAUUCCGGGACGCAUUCCUUCCGCCUUUUUAGAACUGAACUCUAUUCUGACGUCAAUAAUUGGGACUGCACUCAAAUAUGACGUCAAAAAUUCCCUCUUCAGUGAAGUUUCUUUUUCGCAAGAUGUCACCAACAGACUUACCUUAACGGAUGGCUUUACUUGCCGACAAGACGAUGAGUUCACCGACUAAACCGACCGGCUUGUUACAAUUUACGGACGUGGCUACUGCCAACCACGGACCUUCAUGGGACUUUGGCUGCAACUGAUGGUCCACGCGUUGCUACAAGGCGCAACAGUCCACCAGAUGUCCACACUGUAAGGCACCACAGUCCACCAGAUGUCCACACCGUAAGGCGCAACAGUCCACCUGAUGUCCACACUGUAAGGCGCCUCAGUCCACCUGACGUCCACACUGUAAGGCGCCUCAGUCCAUCUGACGUCCACACUAUAAGGCACCACAGUCCACCUGGUGUUCACACUGUAAGGCGCAACAGUCCACCUGAUAUCCACACUGUAAGGCACCACAGUUUACUUUAUGUCCACAC